AUGAACAGAUUACCCAUUCGAUCUGGCCGUCUCGGCCGACCCAAGUCUAAGACGGGGUGCGCUACUUGCAAGGCCCGCCGAGUUCGAUGUGGAGAAGAGAAGCCACAUUGCUUGAAGUGCACUAGCACCGGUCGCAAGUGUUCUUACAUUUCGAAACUUGCACCAAGGAUUGACUCGCCGCCGCGCCAACUCGCUCUAUCUUCACAGGGAUGGCGAGAGCGGCGCGCAUUUGAAUAUUACUUCCACCAAGCUGGUCCGGCACUCUCUGGUGUUCUUGAUGUUGCAUUCUGGAGAGGCUCUGUCCUGCAAAUUUGUCGCAUGGAACCGGCAAUCUGGGAUGCCAUUAUUUCGCUCAGCUCGCUGUAUGAGCGGCCCCCAAUCCACAAUGCUUCGCCCUUUCGGCUCAUUAACAACCCCGCCGAAGUUGAGCAUUCCUACCAUCGUGAAGCCCUUGUUUGGUAUUCGCGCUCACUGGCUACUGUGCAGCAACGUAUCGACCAGGGUGUGGCAGAUUUGACGGUCUCACUCAUCAGCUGCAUCCUGUUCAUUGCCAUUGAGCUCUUGCAGGGUAAUCGACCUGCUGCCUUGAAUUUAACUAGACAAGGGAUGCAGAUGAUGAUCUACGCGAUGGCACCCACAGGGCUGAAUUCCAUAAAUGGAGGCUCUAUAAAUCGCGCAAUUCUCACGUCGGUCAUCAAGCCUAUUUUCCAGCGGUUAGAUACCUGGGCUCUAAUUAUAGACGGCGUGCCCACCACCAGGGUCAACUGGUCAUUUGCUUACGAUACCUCAAAUGUCCAACUGACAUCGUUUGAUGAGGCCAGAAAUGUUCUCAAUGGGCUUGUUGCAGAGAUGAAAAUCCUCAAUAUUGACACCAAGCGACUUUGGACGUACCCAGUGGACAGACGACUAUUGGAUUCUCAAGUCCUUGUAACAAAACAACGACAUUUAAAGAAUAGUCUAAACCAGUGGCAUCGGUCUUUCCUAUCUCUGGCCCUUUGUAACCAGGAUGUGAGUGGGAGGGGUGGAGAUGCGCUCCUGCUCACGACCUAUUACAGUGUUCUCAUAGAGAUCCAAACUUGUCUUGAUCCAGAUCAAUCCGCAUAUGAUGCAUUUGAAGCCGAAUUUACGCAGAUCAUUAAUUAUGCGUCUAUAGCGAUUGCUGCCACAAAAGAUUCUGAAGGCCAACAACCCGCUUUCAUCUUCGAAAUGGGGGUCUUCCUCCCACUCUUCAUCACCGCUCUCAAGUGUCGGUUCCCUCAAUUACGUCGUCAAGCCUUGUCUCUCUUAAGUGAUGCUCCACCGGUACAGGGGCUGUUCAUGUGCAAGCCUGCAGCUCAUGCAGUGGCGGUUCUUGUGGCACUGGAGGAAGAUCCUAGCACAGCUCAUGACAUUACUGAAGUGAGCGAAAUACUCGCCAAACCAGGAUGUAUUCCAUCCUUGCGAAAUCGUAUCUGGGAAUUCAAUGUUUCGUCCAACAUAGAUUCAGGACAUACUCAGAAUUGGCUCCAUUAUAGUCUACGUGACUUUGAUCAGAGUGAGAUCCGAUUUAUCCAACAUGCUAUGCUCUUUCCUGGAGCUCAGUCAUGA